AUUCACCAACUUCGCCCUCACCGUCGUUUCCAUCGUCGGGUUAACCUGCAUCGGCAACAGAUUUUAUCGCUUCUGUGAUCGCACUGCGCUGCCUUCAUCGUCGCUCUUUCCCUUCCUCUCGUUUUCCGCAGAUUAACAGAUAACAGUAGCCCGCCAUGAAGGGUGCUCUGCUGACGGCAGCUGUGCUGCUCGGCUCUACCCAGGGCGCGGUCCACAAGAUGAAGCUGCAGAAGGUCCCGCUCUCUGAGCAGCUUGAGGCCGUUCCAAUCGACGUCCAAAUCCAGCAGCUCGGCCAGAAGUACAUGGGCCGCCCGCGGUCAUCCCACGCUGACGCCGUCUUCAACGGCAUGGUUGCCGAGGUCAAGGGCAACCACCCGGUCCCAAUUUCCAACUUCAUGAACGCUCAAUACUUCUCCGAGAUCACCAUCGGAACGCCCCCUCAAACCUUCAAGGUGGUGCUGGACACCGGCAGCUCCAACCUGUGGGUUCCGUCCGUCGAGUGCGGCUCGAUCGCCUGCUACCUGCACACCAAGUACGAUUCAUCGGCCUCGUCGACAUACAAGAAGAACGGGACGUCGUUCGAAAUCCGCUACGGCUCGGGCAGCCUGAGUGGCUUCAUCUCUCAGGACACAAUGAGCAUCGGCGACAUCACGAUUAAGGGUCAGGACUUUGCCGAGGCCACUAGCGAACCCGGCCUAGCCUUUGCCUUCGGCCGCUUCGAUGGCAUUCUCGGCCUCGGCUACGACACCAUCUCAGUGAACCACAUCGUCCCUCCUUUCUACAAGAUGAUCGAGCAGAAGCUCAUUGACGAGCCUGUCUUUGCCUUCUACCUGGCCGACACCGAGGGCGAGUCCGAGGUUGUCUUUGGCGGCGUCGACAAGGACAAGUACAAGGGCAAGAUCACCACCAUCCCGCUCCGCCGCAAGGCUUAUUGGGAGGUCGACUUUGACGCCAUCUCAUACGGCGACGACACGGCCGAGCUCGAGAACACGGGCAUCAUCCUGGACACAGGCACCUCGCUGAUUGCCCUGCCCAGCCAGCUCGCCGAGAUGCUCAACGCCCAAAUCGGCGCCAAGAAGAACUAUGCCGGCCAGUACGCCAUCGACUGCAAUAAGCGCGACUCGCUCAAGGACGUCACCUUCAACCUGGCCGGCUACAACUUCACGCUCGGCCCCUAUGACUACGUCCUCGAGGUCAGCGGCAGCUGCAUUUCGACCUUUAUGGGCAUGGACUUCCCCGCGCCCACCGGGCCGCUUGCCAUUCUGGGCGAUGCCUUCCUGCGGAGGUAUUACUCCAUCUACGACCUCGGUGCCAACACCGUGGGUAUCGCUGAGGCCAAGUGAGCAAUGGGCGGAAGGCAUGGAUGGCUGGCAACGAUGGAGUUUACGAGAGUUUGGGAUUGGGGCCUUGGCACUGUAAUCUGUAUCUACGCGUUUUGAUUUCCUUGAAUAUCCUCCAGCACCGUUAGUGAGAAUGCAAUAUCUAUAGCAGAACAUGUCCGGGGCUCUGUGAGUAGUGAGACCGCUGCUCUGUUUGUUCUGUUGUUUGGUGGGAUGUUCGACAGUUCAGUGCGGGAGGGUAGAAUCACACCGCAUAUCCGUACCAAGUUCAGUAAGACUCGCGCAAUAUCAGAAGUCGAGACAGGCAAGAAUCCAGUUGAGAGGGU